AUGCUCGAGUUGCUGCUGGCUACAGGCGGGGGUUUCCUCGCUGGCGCUGGAUGUGUCUUCUUUCUUGCUGGCCAGGCCUAUGACACAACAGCGGUUGAGGUACUGCGCUUGCUUCUUCACAAGUUGCAGCAGAAGUCGCAGAAGGUGCCGACACCUGCCGCAGGACUUCCCAAUGACCUCACAGUUGCCUGUAAGCAGCACAAAGAGUGGAUGCCUGAAGAAAUUUGGUUGCUGCGGCACGAGUUACACUGCCAGCCACGACGGGACCAGUGCAAGCUGAUCUUUCUCGGUGACUCCAUUACAGAGGGAUGGCUUGGUACCGGACUGGAAAUUUGGAGAGACAUGUAUGUCAAGCCUUAUGGUGCUGUCAACUUGGGUAUCGGUGGCGAUGAGGUCCAGCAUGUACUUUGGAGAGUUCAGAACGGCGCGGUUGAUUUCGUCAAUCCAAAGGUUGUGGUUCUGCUAAUUGGUACUAACAACAUCGGCAACAGUGGCCACGACCCGACCCAGGUGGCAGACGGGAUCCGCAAACUCUUGCAAGAGCUGUCAGCAAGACUUCCCCAAAGUCGUAUACUUUUGCUUGGCGUGUUUCCACGCGAUGAGUUCUCAACAACACCUUUCCGCUCGGCAGUUGAAAAGUUGAACGUUCUUAUCCGAAGCUGUGGAGACGGUGAGCGGAUCAUGUUCCUCGACAUCAGCAAGAAGUUUUUGUUGCCUGAUGGCAAAAUCUCAGCUGAGGUAAUGCCUGAUUUCUUGCAUCUCUCGUUUGAGGCAUACAGAAUCUGGGCUGAUGCAAUGCAGCCUCUACUUACCUCCUUGAUGACCUGA